AUCCUGGUUCAAUAUUCAUUUUCUUUGACUUAACAAACGAAAUGACAACCCUGGAAAGCGAUAAAGAAAAACUCUGUUGUUUGAUUUACUGCAUUGGCAUUUUGACUAUUUCGGCUGCAAUUUGGAACAUUUGCAAACUAGCAGGAAAAUACUUCAAUAAAAUGACCACCAAAGAAGAAGUCACCCUCAAACAGCGUCAAGCUGCCGAUGAUUUAACUAAACGUCUUCGCCAUUAUCUAGUGAAUGGGCCCAAUCAGAGCGAAAUUUGUGGAAAGGUCGUGCUCGCCAUGGAGCAGGUUAACAUUGUGCCACUUCUGGUCGGAAACGGCAUUGAGAAGGCGAAACUUCGCAGCAUUCUCCACGUGCUGGCCCAGCGCAUGCGGUGCCUGCGGGUGAAAAUGGCGGACAUCCGCAGGCUACAUGACUUGUGCCAUCGCAUGGGGCUAUCGGAGCUAGCCAACGUCCGGGUUUGUAUAGUGCUGGCAGACGAUAAAGGGAAUUCAUCAGCAGGCGGCAGUCAUUUAGAGCUGCUCGGGUCGCUGACGCCUGGCGUGGAGAUUUUGAGCGUGUUGUGCUGCAUCGAUGGCCACUUUCCGGAACUGAAGAAGGUGCGCAUCGUACACCUCUCCUGCACUGUGACACAGCGCACCCUGGAAGAGCUGUUUCGCAAGUGCCCCUUACUGCAACAUUUUAAGCUGAAGAAUGAAGGCCGUUCGCCAGAAAUCAUGGACAUGAAGAACAUCGGUCAGUGCUCGUUAUUGGAGGGGCUUCUGCUGCCUCUUCUGCUGAUGAGCCCGCUGCACGUCUGCCAGCUCAGCAAUCUGAAGCAACUCACGCUGCAGAGCAAGGAUCAGUGGCAGAACGAGGAGUGGCUGCUCGUUGUCCAGGAGAUCAUCAAGGCCAAGCGGUUCGAGUUGGAGCGCAUAUGCUUCGACGGCGCCUACGUUGGCGCACCGCUGAACCUCUCCGUGCUCCUGCUGGCCCGCUGCACCGCACUGACCGAGGUGCGUCUGACCCGCUGCAACCUCGUGGGGGACGGCAAGCUGCCGCCGCCACUGCCAUUCAGCUGCCACUGCCUGAGGAUCCGCCACUGCUCCCUCCCUAAGCUCAGCCUGCUCCUGGCCAGCGAUUGCAUGCUGCAGCACAUGGAUCUCUUCAACUGCAAGUCCGUCAAGACAGCGAACCUCCUCGCGGAGGCCCUCGCCAUGCGGAAGUCUCAGGCCUGUAUCAGCCCACUGGUGAUCAAACUUUUCCAGUCGCCGGAGCUCGAGAUCGAGUACAACAAGUGGAGUCCGCAAGAGCAACUGGCAGCCAAGCCUUGGUUGGAGAUUGAAGUGCUCAAGAAAGAUCAUAUUCCGUCCUGGGAUGAUCAGCGCCUGGGAUUGAUAUCCAUGCAAUUUGGCCAAGCCAUAAACAGCUUUCCCACCAGCCUGGAGGACGAUCAGAAUCAGCUUGAAAACGCGGAUCUAUUGAAGGAAAUGGACUCUGUAUGUGGGUUCUGAUCUGCCCAGCCUUUCACCUGAAAUUUACACAUGGGAUCAGGUGUCUGCUCCGACUGUUCCUCCACCUGAGGAGGAUCCAACUAGACGGCUCCUCCGUUAGAAGACAUAACGUUUUUCCAUACAUUUUUAGAUUACCAAUAUUAUUAUGAGACUGACACUGCAAAAGAGAUUCCUUUUUGCUUAACAAUAAAAAAUGAUUAAAUCAUUGAA